GCCAUUGCCUAAUUUCAAGGGCCAACUUUCUAGCGCAGCUUUAGGGUCAUUCCACCACUUUGUAUUUCUCUUCCAUCAACAGUCGUACUUUUUCUCUCUGCCUUUCCACCCCUAAACCAUAACCAAGUAAAGAUGAACGGAGAAGAUAAAAAUGAAGCUCAGCAAGUGGAAACUCUGCGUAAACCACCCCGCCUAAACGAGAGGAUUCUUUCAUCUAUGUCGCGGAGAUCAGUUGCUGCACAUCCUUGGCAUGAUCUUGAGAUUGGACCUGAAGCUCCAAACAUUUUCAACUGUGUUGUUGAGAUACCAAAAGGUAGUAAGGUCAAGUAUGAACUUGACAAGAAAACUGGAUUGAUCAAGGUUGAUCGGAUUUUAUAUUCAUCGGUGGUCUACCCCCACAACUAUGGUUUUAUCCCUCGCACACUAUGUGAAGACAAUGAUCCCAUGGAUUGUUUGGUUAUCAUGCAGGAGCCUGUUCUUCCUGGAUGUUUUCUGCGAGCCAGAGCCCUUGGACUAAUGCCAAUGAUUGACCAGGGGGAGAGAGAUGAUAAGAUCAUUGCAGUUUGUGUUGAUGAUCCGGAAUACAAGCAUUACAAUGACAUCAAAGAUCUUCCCCCUCAUCGCCUGACUGAGAUCCGUCGUUUUUUUGAAGACUACAAGAAAAAUGAGAACAAGGAGGUUGCAGUUGACGAGUUUUUACCGGCAACCGCUGCUGUUGAAGCUGUCCAGUAUUCCAUGGAUCUUUACGCGGAGUACAUCGUGCAAACACUGAGGCAGUAGGCUGCAAAAGGAGGCGAUUUUCCUUCAAGUUUCUCUCAUUUAUUCUUGGGGGGAAAAUGUACCUUACCAAAUAAAACAUCUUAUCAACAGCAUUUUGAUAGGAAUCCAACUCUGGUUACCUUUUUUCUUUCUUUGCUUGUUCUGAACGAUUGUCAUUUCGCGUUGGAUUAAACUUUGUUGUACAACAAGAAAUUAUACUUGGGUUUGUAU